AGAAGAGGCUGAUGUAAUACUUCAUUGGUAUCGGAUUGAGCUGGAUAUUUGAAUUUCAUUUUGUUUGUUUGAUUUUUAAAUGUUAUACGUUCGGGAUUUCCGGGUUUUUAAAGUUAUUAUUUUUUAAACUUGUCUCCUUCUAAAGCAUAAGCUGGAAUUUUAUUUUUAACUUGCCCGUUUAAGAAAAAAAGGUUGUAAACUUAAGUGAGUGAUAUUUGGAACGCUGAACUAAGUUGAAAUGGAAAUACAGUCUAUGUAACUUGCUAGGCCUGUUACGCUAGAGGUAGAUUUACUAGUAACCAUAGUAUUAGUAUUGAAGUAAAUUUAAAAUAGUCAGCAGACAAUUUUAGAUAUUGUGUAGCGGCUUUCAUCGUAUUCGAAACUUUUCAAAUUUAAAAAUGUUUAUGGGUGAGCUGAUAUGUUUUGGAAUUGAUUUGGUUCUGUUUGGAACAUUCUAUAAAUUUUAUCGUGGUGCAGUAAAGAAUACAGAAGCACUUAAGACUGCACCAUGCUUAGACUUGACCAGCAACCUGAAAGGUCUUGUAAGGGAACACAAAGAUUCCAAGAUUGCAUAUGCCGUGGUACAGGGUGUAGUACAAGGUUCGGAUUCAGUUCCACUCAGAAGUCAGAAUGUCCCAGGUGUGACGGGAGUUAUCCAGGAAGUAGUGAUAAAAGAACACAAGAUGCAGUGGAGUCCUCUCUCAAGAUUGUGGUCAGACGUCCAGCAAGAGAUCAAGAGGGUCACAAAUUUUGUGCCCUUUGUAAUCACAAAGAAAGAUAUCCCGCAGUCGGAGAGUGUGGAAGUGUUGAAUCCACUUGAGGCUGUGAGCCUUCCUGUGUCUAGUAUCUACAACCAUUUCACUCCAAACCAAGCAGGAUUAGGAAGUACUGUAUUUGGCUGGAUAAGAGGUGAACAUUCAAAAGGGUUUGAAGAAACGGAGAGUAUGUUACAAGAAGGUGCCAAUCUUACAGCAGUUGGGGAAGUUUUUUUGGACGCUAGCAACAGACUUAAAAUUCAGCCAUCGGGGAAAGGAUACGACUAUUACCUGACGAUAUCGUCACGAGAAAGUUUAAUUAAAGAAGUAGAGAGGAAUGGUUUUAUAUUUAAAGUUCUUACAGUUAUCACGGGAUGCAUGGGUGCCUUCUUAGCUGCAUGGUUCAUUCGAAAUUGGUACGACGAAAGGAAAAGACGGCUUCAGGCCGACGAAGAUAAGAAGCGAUUUGAAGAGGUUCGACUUACUCAGAGAAAAAAGAGAGAAGCCAAAGAUAGCGGAACCGUUAUACCACUACCACUUUGUGUGGUGUGUUGGACUAACCCAGUAGAAGUAAUGUUGUUGGAAUGUGGUCAUGUUUGUCUUUGUACAGACUGUUCUGAUAAAGUAAAAGAACGGUGCCCCGUGUGUAGGUCAGACAUAGAGAGAACAGUGGCUGCUUUUUUGCCAUAACACUUUGCUAAUUGUUCAUCAGUGUGUUAGAAGUUUCUAGAAAAAAAAAUUAUAUUUCAGAUAAUAUAUGAUGAGGCUGUCUAGAAAAGAUCAUGAUCAGUGUAUAUUUUAAUUCUAGUAAAGUUCAUGUGUUGUUAAUCAAUCAAAAAUGUAUGAUGCAUCGAAAGAUGAGACAAAUUAAAGAAAAGUGAUAA